CAGAAUCUCAGAGGCAGUCAGACUGAAGGGAACAGGUUGAAGGGAGCAGGAGAGGCUCGUUUAUUCAAAUACGGUUGGUUGCAGAUUGUAACCGGAUCUAACGCGCAAACUGGAAGGGCUCAGCGCAGCGUGGGUGCCCAGGGAUCCACUGCCUGAGUGUGGGGAGAGCAGCGGCCGAGACCCCAGAGACAUGAACCACACCAAGGGAGGCCUGGUCAUCUUCACCGCCAACUCACACCCCGCCAGCCGCGAGCUGGGCAAGAGGAUUUCAGAGCGGUUAGGGGUGGAGCUUGGCAAGGUGCAGGUGUACCAGGAAGCUAACAGAGAAACACGGGUACAGAUCCAGGAGUCGGUGCGAGGCAAAGAUGUCUUUGUGAUCCAGACAGUGUCCAAGGAUGUGAACACCACCAUAAUGGAGAUGCUGAUCCUGGUGUACGCGUGCAGGACGUCCUGUGCCAGAAGCAUCACGGGUGUCCUCCCUUACUUCCCCUACAGCAAGCAGUGUAAGAUGAGGAAGAGAGGCUCCAUCGUCUCCAAGCUGAUCGCCUCCAUGAUGUGUAAAGCUGGUCUCACCCACCUGAUCACCAUGGACCUCCAUCAGAAAGAGAUUCAAGGCUUCUUCAACAUCCCAGUGGACAAUCUGAGAGCCUCGCCCUUCCUGCUGCAGUACAUACAGGAAGAGAUCCCUGACUAUAGAAAUGCUGUGAUUGUGGCCAAAUCUCCAGCCUCUGCCAAAAGGGCUCAGUCGUUCGCCGAGCGGCUGCGUCUGGGUAUCGCAGUGAUCCACGGUGAAGCUCAGGAUGCAGAGUCGGACCAGGUCGACGGGCGACACUCCCCACCCACCGUCAAGACCACCGGAGCCAUCCACCCCAGCAUGGAGAUACCAUGUAAGGCACACAGCAACGAUAAAUCCUGUGAACACAAUCUAACAGAAUACAGUAAUUAUGACUGUUUCCUGUGUGUCCUUUUGUUUCCAGUGUUGAUCCCUAAAGAGAAGCCUCCCAUCACUGUGGUUGGAGAUGUAGGAGGACGCAUCGCCAUCAUAGUGGAUGACAUCAUCGAUGACGUCGACAGUUUUGUGGCAGCAGCGGAGACGCUAAAGGAAAGAGGGGCCUACAAGAUCUAUGUCAUGGCAACGCAUGGCAUCCUCUCCUCGGACGCCCCCAGGUUCAUCGAAGAGUCGGCCAUUGACGAGGUGGUGGUGACCAACACGAUUCCCCACGAGCUCCAGAAGCUCCAGUGUCCCAAGAUCAAGACGGUUGACAUCAGCAUGAUCCUGUCAGAGGCCAUCCGCCGCAUCCACAACGGAGAGUCCAUGUCCUACCUGUUCCGCAACAUCGGAGUGGACGAUUGAACGACCUGACACACACACACACUCUCACACACACUCUCACACACUCUCACACACUCAUACCAUUUGCCUUUUCAGGUGAAUGUCAGACACUGCGCACACAGAUAUAUCCAUUUCCUGCGUGUAUCAUAACAUACAAAUAUAACAGCUAACUCUUUCCUUUGCUUAAAGGGACAGUUCGGACUUUCUGAAGUGGCGUUGUAUGAAGCUCUUAUCAAUAGUCAGUGUAUUACCUACAGUAGAUGUCAGUCGUCACGCCUCCAGUUUGGAGAAGCAGGCAGGAGCACUGACAUGGAAGCUUCGAAAUGUGCUGCUGUGCAACCAGACUCUAGAGAAAAAUAGUAAUUUUACCUCACAGAUCACAGGAGCUGCUGGUCUACCACUGCCUCCAUCAGUUCGAUAGUGUUUUAGGUCUGCAACUAAAAAACAUUAUCGAUUAAUCUACAGUCUAUUGAAAAAAAAGAAAAAGAAAUCUGGUCCGUACAAUUUCUAAAAGCCCAAACUGACGCCUUCAGUUUGCUUCCUUUGUUCAACCUGCAGUCCAAAACCUAAACACUCUUCAUUAACUUUUAAAUUCAGUAGAACUUAAUUGACCUCGAACGAACGUGAGCUGUCAUUGACGUCUAAGAAAAGCAGCAAACUCUCACAUCUGAGAAGCUGGAACCAGCAAGUUUUGCUUGAAAAAUUACCGAAACGAUUAUUUAGUUGCCAAAAUAGUUCGCAAUUGAUUUUCUUUCAAUGUGGAUUUGGUGUUUUAAGUGUGACUUCAGUGAAUCCAAACAAGCUAACUGACCGAGGCAGUGGUAGACCAGCAGCUCCUGUGUUCUGAGAGGUAAAAUCACUGUUUUUGUCAAUGGAGUCUGGCUUUGAAGAGAGCAGGGAUAACAGCCUUAGUUCCCCGUCAAUAAUUGCUGUGUGAUGGGAAGAUAAAGCGGUGGAAAUAUUCUAAACAUAGCGUACACUUAAACUGAGGUGAGGUGGCUGAAACACAUUUUGUGGCUGUCACUCAAUAACACAUGCUAACCGAUUGAGGCAGAGUUAGACCAACAGCUCCUGUGUUCAACAUGCUUAAAUGAGUGUUUUUCUAAAUGGAGUCUGGUGGCUUUGACGAGAGCAUCAAUGGGAAACUGCAGCUGUUAACUGCUUUAGUGUUGGAAAGGGCUGUUUGAUGCCAAGUUAAGCAGUGAAAAUAUCCUCAAUAGAUAUUUUUAGGUGGCUAAAGUAACAUUUUUCUGCUGCAGUUUGCUUCUCCAAACUGGGGGCGCACUGACUGACAUCUACUGUAGGUAACACACUGACUAUGGCCUCACACAGCCCCACUUCCAAGAUCCAAACUAUCUCUUUACCAUAGAAGAUGACUGAAUACACACACACACACACACACACACACACACACACACACACACACACACACACAUAUAUACGACUGAACACACUGAUCUGUGUCCUUCACGGACAUGAAUAGACUACUGCCUGUUUCUCUGAAAGCUGCCCUCUCAUCAGACACCUCAGUUUUUCUACUCCUCUCUUUCUGAGUACCUUCGUUAGUCACCUCUCCAUCUUGUCACAUUUCUUUCCACAGAAACCAUCGAUGUUGCGUCUGCGAUCGUUAGAACAUACGGUAGCAUCGAAUGUCUCUCGCGGUACGUUUAGUUUCAGAAAGAGUGCCAGUGCCUUCUGCAGGACACAACACACAGGCCUUCACCGCUCCGAUACUCGACUGUGUCUCAGCUAACACGACUAACUCAUAACGGCCCCUGCAAUUAACCCAGGAUGAUGCAGGUUCCUGACUAAUUAACUUAGAAUCAGAGCGCAUGUUUAACCCUCUGUCUGAGUUAUGUUAUUUUACGUGUUGGCUGAAUGUGUUACUAACAUAGUUUAGAGUCCAACCAGCUCGCUGUGUGUGUGUGUGUGUGUGUGUGUGUGUGUGUGUGUGUGUGUGUGUGUGUGUGUGUGUGUGUGUGUGUGUGUGUGUGUGUGUGUGUGUGUGGUCGCUGUAGCACUUAGAUGCUGCUCUGGUGUCAAAUCUACUCAUUGCUAAAACACAACUGGAAUUAACAGAAAACAUUUCUCAGUCUGGUUAAUUGGACGUAACAAACAUUUUGUUAAGUUUGCAUUCAUGACUCAUCCAUGUUACAUAGCGUGCCAUCAUUUCAGUGCUCAUAUAUUUUUAUGUUUGUUCAUGCCACAGACGAUCCAGACUUUUGUUUUGAUACAAGUUCUGCAGUUUGACUCUAUAUAAUCACAUGUACAAAUGGGUAAAUGAUCGUUAUGACGAGACUGAUGAGGUUUGAUUAAAACACACACGUUACCUGAUGUUUCACAGAUUGAGGUUUCAAACUGCAGCAAAAGAUGAAAAAGUAAAAUUGAAACUUUUUCUGACGAGCAAAACUUGACUGAAGCAGGUCUUUGUCACUUUACCAGAUGUGUUCCAAAAAUGUUUUGUAUUUAUUUUCAGCACUUAAUAUGAAUAAAUAUGACCUAUGAAAGUAAA